CCUCGACCAAACGUGACAAGCCUACAUGGACUUCACAACAAACUGAGGGAUAAUACUGUUUUUAUUUUCUUCUUUCAGCUUAAUGUCAGCUGCGUGGUGCAGGAGGGUGUCUCUGCACAGUGUGGGUGUGGAUGAACAGACGGUGGCCUGUUGAGAGCAUAAAGCCUAAACAUGGUGAGGCUGGAGUUGGAUCAAGUGGUGAUGAGGAGGAUGAAGGAAGACGACAUUGAAAUAGUCAAAGCCCUCAUCAAGGAGGGCUGUGAGGGCACAGAAAACCGUCUCAUCCUCCACAUCCUCACUCGUCCACUCUGCCUUUUCAUUCUGGCAGUUUUAUCUUCAAUCCUGCGCUGCCUGGUGCACUCCUUUAUCAUGGCCCUUGCUAUUCCUGUCUUCCUGCUAAUUAUCUUUCUCAAAAUCACCAUGCCACGGUCCACAGGGGUUCUGGGCAGCCGCCGCCCCUACUGGGAUUAUGUGGGUAGCAGCUUUAGGGGGACACAGGAUGAGACUCUGCAGAAUCCCUUCUGCAGGACCAGUGGCAAGCCACCUGUGACAAAAAAGCAAAGGCACAGGAUUGGAGCCAAAGAAAAGGACAAAGAUACAUCAACAGAGAAGAUAACCCCAGAGAGGGAAGGGGAAGCGGGGCAGGUGUGGGUGGCAGACUGUGAGGGAGACAUCCUGGGCUGCAUUUUUCGUGAGAGUGAGCAGCGAAAAGGUAUAGGGAGGAUCUGCAGGCUGGUGAUAGGCAGCUGGUAUCGCAGAGAGGGCCUGGGCCGGCAUCUUGUCCAGAGUUUGGAACAGAGGGAGAGGGAAACUGGCUCACACAGAGUAUACGCACAUGUCCCCUACCCUUCCAAGGUGGGGGAGGCCUUCUUCAGGAAACUGGGUUAUCAGCAGCUGGGGGAAGGUACUGAUGAAGAAGAAGAUAGAGACAGGAAGCGGGAGACACCAGAGAGAGGCUUUCUGGGAUACUCACUUACUAAGGUGUUUUACAAAGACCUGUGAUUGAGUGAUGAUGGACUCCUGGAGAGAAAAAAGUGAGCCCACGAUUGAUUAAAAAAUCUCACAUAAGCACAAAAUGUGUUUGCAUCUCUUCUGAAGAGAACGGUGUCAUUGCUGCAACAUGUUAGGAUAUUUAAGUUAAUCAUUUAUUUCAAACGUGUUCUUUUUGCCAGUAUUUAUUGUACUGUAUGUGUUGCUGUUUUGAGUUUUAGUUUGUUUUAAGUAUAUUUUUACCUUUUAAACAUUUAACACAUGGUUAUUUAUUAUUUAAUGUUUCAAAAAUGACCUCAUCAUGUCUCAGGCUUGCUGCUCGCUCAUCAUUUGUAAUGAAGUAAAA